AUGAGACAUCAAAGAUUUGAGAAGGGUUAUUGGACUCAGGUAAAAAAUUUCAUAAUAGAGGACUUUGGUGGCGUUUACGUUCUCGCUCGUCAAAUGGGAAUCGACAAUAACGAGCAAGCUGAAUUGCAAACGUUUCAAUGUAUACAUAUUGAGGCUUCAAAUCAUGAUUUGAACGUUGUUCAGAAUAGGAGUAUAAUUUGA